AUGGGUCAAUCACGGGAAGUGACCACCGAUGAAAAUGUGGCCAGAAUUAGGGAACUGCUACAAGAAUAUCCGCGAAUAACGCUAUUACAGAUGGCUUAUAUACUGAAUAUCUUAAACGAGAGAGUACAUCAUAUUCUGCACAAUUAUAGCAACGCAAGACAUAUUUGUAUCAAAUGGGUACACCACUUGUUGUCGGCCGACCAAAUGGCUACUCGUGUUAAGAUCUGCCGGGAGAAUCUGAAGAUUUUUGAAAAUGGCGGCAAUCACUUUAUUUAUCGAUUAUUAUGGGUCAUAGAAGAUGAAGAGAUCCCGAAGUUGGCCAAACGUGAAGUGCAUGUAAAGAAGAUAAUCUACGCCAUAUUUUUUCGUUCGACUAGUAUUGUGAAAAUUUUCAAAUUGGGAAAUGGAUAUAAGGUUACCACCGACUGGUAUGUGAAAAAAUGGUUGUCUAAAGUCUUUGAAUCUAUCAAUGAGGAUCGCCCGAAGUCUGGACUAACUGGCAUUAUAAUGUAUCACGAUAAUGCCAAGUCUCACAAAACAUUGGUAACAACCCGAUAUCUCGAUGACAAUGGUGUUCAACUUUUAACACGCCCACCUUACAGUCCUGAUCUGUCUCCAGCUAAUUUUUGGCUUUUUAAAAAUCUCAAGAAACACCUAAGAGGAACGGUAUUUAAUAGCAAAAUUGAUAUUGACAACGCUUUUGAGUCAUUUUGGGAGACCUAA